AUACAGCAAAGCCAACAAGCCAAGAUGACAUAAAGUUAAUAGCAAAAAGCUUAGUUGUAGAAGAUGUAGACAAAAUUACAGUAUAUGAUCUACUUUUAUAUGACCAAAUAAUAACAGCUUUUAGAAAGUUGAACAACACAGAAUUACAAUACAAGAAAGAAAUCAUCAGAGAAGAAGACAAGAUGCAAGAAAUAGAAAUUACAGUAAGUAAUAGGAGUAUAAAAGCUAAAAGCAGUAAAAAAAGAAGACAGCACUUAGAAGAAAAAGAAACAGAAGAAAAGGUAGAAGAAGAAAAGAAUGUAAAAAUGAAUGACAAUGCUAAAAGACAAGAAACAAAAAGAACAUAA